AUGACGCUAUGGAUUAAGGCAACGGGAGCAUUGAAGGAUAGGUAUAGCAUUUGGGUCGCCAAGCUCUCACCAAGUGGCCCAUGUAGGAACCCUGAUCUUGAAAUGGUGAUCAUCAAGGCCACAAGCCAUGAUGAACAGUGCAUGGAUUACAAGAACGUUCAGAGGGUUUUUAAAUGGCUUCGUACCUCACCUUUGUACAUUAAGCCUCUUCUCUACACACUUACAAUGAGGAUGGAGAAGACUCGUUCGUGGGUGGUGGCAAUCAAGGGGUUAAUGCUCAUUCAUGGGGUGUUUUGUUUUGAUCUUCCCGCGGUGAAAAACUUGGGAAGGUUACCAUUUGAUUUGUCACACUUUAGCGACCGACACAUAAACCCUAAGAAGGCAUGGGUUUUCAACGCGUUUGUUAGGUCUUAUUUCAAUUAUUUGGACCAAAAAUCAACGUUUGUGAGGAUGGAAGCCAUGAAAGAGACCAAACCAGGAAGCAAGGAGAAGGAAGAGAGUGUGAUGGAAGAGUUGCAGAGCUUGGAGAAGUUUCUUGAUUUGAUCGAUUUGCUUCUACAAGUCAAGCCUAGAAACCCUCACAUGAACGUCGUGCUUAUUCUCGAGGCCAUGGAUUGUGUCAUGGACGAGAUUUUGGAACUGUAUGGAAAGUUUUGUGAUAGGGUUCAUCGAGUUGUGUCGAGGAUAAUUGACAUGGGUGGCAAAGAGGAAGCUAGGGUUGGUCUGGAUGUUGUGAGCAAAGCUGAAUCGCAAGGGAGUAAGAUCAAAACUUACUUCAACUUCUGUAGGAAGAUUGGGGUACUUAAUGGUUCGGAGUGCCCCGAAAUUUUGAAGGUCGAUGAGAAAGACAUUGGUGAACUACUAAGAAUUAGAGACGAGGAAAAAAUGGAGGAUAAGAACAGUGACAAUAGCAAGAAUUAUGUUAUGGCAUGUGAGCAUAACAAAUGUAGAACUAUAGUCACCUUUUCAGACACGAAAGAGUUGGAUUUGAAGACUGUGAUCACAGACCAAUGGGAAGUGUUCGAAGAUGAUUUCAUAGAUAUUAUGAAUGGUGACGCCAAGAUCACAAGUUUCCCAAUGACCUCAACAUGUAACCCUUUUCUGGAUUAUUCUUUGAGCCUCGUACCCUAUGUUUCAGCUUCCAACAACUGUGUUCUUCCUGAUUUAAUCAUUUUGUAG